AUGAUGACAACUACUGCCAUUACUUUCCUGCUGGGAUCAGUAUCGACAUUAUAUCUGUUACUGUACCUGUUGUCCCACACUCCUAGGAAAUCUUUCGAUGAAGAACUGAAAUUCAAGAGUAUUGAUGAUGAUGGUAAAGUAGUUACUGGUCAGCUUAAGAACAUUUUGGAUGAUAAAGAUGAUGAUAAAAAGGGCGUUGAUGGCGACAUAGAGCUAUCCGUAGUCGUUCCUAGUUACAAUGAGACUGCUAGAAUAUCAGUAAUGUUAACAGAAACGAUUGAGUUUCUACGCAAGAACUAUGGUAACAGAUGGGAAAUCAUUGUAGUGGACGAUGGGUCUCAAGAUGGUACAGCAGAGUUCUGUUUAGAAUUCAUUAGAAAGAACUUUAAAUUUGUCACGCAUCAGUUUAGAGUGGUAAAGCUACUGAAGAAUAGAGGUAAGGGAGGAGCUGUAAGGCAUGGUAUGAUACAUGUUAGAGGUAAGUAUGGGUUAUUUGCGGAUGCAGACGGUGCCAGUAAAUUUAGUGAAGUUACAAAGUUAAUUCAAGCUCUAAAAGAUAACAAUAGUAAGAAUGGUGUCAUCGCUAUUGGUUCUCGAGCACAUAUGGUUAACAGUGAAGCAGUGGUAAAGAGAUCUUUUAUCAGAAACUUUUUAAUGUAUGGUCUUCAUAUGCUAGUCUACUUGUUUGGUAUAAGAUCGGUCAGAGACACCCAAUGUGGAUUCAAGUUAUUUGAUAAAAAGGCCAUUUGCAAUAUAUUCCCUAACGUACAUACAGAAGGGUGGAUAUUUGAUGUUGAAGUCCUACUACUUGGUUUGAAGAAAGGCAUACCGAUUAUAGAAAUUCCUAUAUCAUGGCAUGAAGUUGGAGGCUCUAAAAUGGUUCUAUCCAGAGACAGCAUAGCUAUGGCCAAAGACUUAGUUGUAAUUAGGUUGGCUUACCUGCUUCAUAUUUAUGGAGAUAGGGUCACUUAUUAA